GCUGGAUGACAUUCUGGUACAGCAGUGUGGCUGCGCAGGAGUAUCUACCUCCGAAGAAUGGGAAGAAACCGGCGGCGGCGGCGGAGCCCACCCAACCGGCUAACUACAACUACUCGUACGACGUGCAAGACAACACGAUAACUCUGGACUUCGGUCACAAUGAGAAGCGCAAGGACGACCGUACGACGGGGUCCUACCACGUGCUGUUACCCGACGGCCGCAUGCAGCUGGUCGAGUAUGAGGCCGGGCCUAAUGGGUACAAGCCUGUGAUAAUGUACAUGGGCACAGCCACGUACCCAGCAGCUAAUAACAACGAUAAAUUCGACGGCUACCACUACAACGCGGCCUCGAACCGACAGUCGGUCCGCCAGGCGGCGCCACGGUCGCGCCAGCCGCCCCCCGCGCCGCCCGCGCCCGCCCCCUCCGUCGUCGCAACCGUCACCCACCCGCCCCCGAGCAAACCCAGCAACAGCACCAAGAAUAGCACCCAGUGAUCUCGGAAUAAUAACUUACAAUGAUAUUUAUAAACGAGAUAAAAAUUGUAUAGUGGAAGGCGUUUUGUACAUCUUAUUUUUCUUUCUGAAAAAUAAUAAUGAUGUCGAACUGUUUUAUUUGUAAAGCAUGAUUUUGUGCUCUGAAGGGACAGUGGUGUCACUUGUUUUGUUACGAAACUCAUUAG